AUGAGUUUUAACGACGCUUUUCAUGGUAAGUUAUUGAUUGUAACCUAAAAAUAUGUUUUUAAGUUUGUCUCUUCACGAAACGUUCGUUUCAGAUUACAUAAAUGACAUACCGAUGAAUAUGAGCCGAAAGUUCUAUCCGACGCCCAAUAUCAGUGUGGAUUUGAUACAAAUUCCCGACAGGAUACAGUUCUCCAAGUUUGAGGUCACAAAACAUGCCAGAGAAUAUUUAUUUAUUCUUGAAAUUGAUAUUUUAGUACACAUUCGAGGCGGAGAGUCGAGCCCGCGAGCAAUUUGAUAAACAAAAUGAGCCAAUCGUCCUCGAGUCAACUUCCUCGGGCACGUCGUCAUCGGGCACUGCCACUCAUUCAGAAGCCGUUCCCACAAGAUCAGCCCAAUCGGAUUCUGGAGCGCUUUUCAAUGUUUUGUCGCAAGAUGUGCUCGUCCCGUGCCCGGUGAACUCGGCGCCAGUGAUGUCCAUGAAGCCGCUGACGCCGAAUACAGUGUCCCUUCCUCACUCACUGCACGAAUUCGAAUCGAUCAACAAUGUGUUCGAUGAUGUUCACAUUUCGGCGCUGGACGAUAGAAAAGUGUUGCAAGAGGUAAGAAACUGAAUUCUUGUUAACAAAUUACGUUUAUUUGACAGGUUCUAAUGAGUACGGCACCAAACACUAAAUCGAGCAGUUCCUCUCCGCUUUUCUUCAACAAUUCCAUCAACAAUAAUCCGGAGAAGGCAGAAAGUGUGCCCCCACAGCCGCCGCAGCACCAACUAAAGCCAAGAAAAGAAAAGAACAGGGAUCACGAAGAUCUGAGAAAGCGGCUGCUGACGAAAGGAUACCGUCAGGAUAUUGUGGAGAUAGCGCUGGAUGGCUUACCGAAAAGCAGACUGGUUCACAUCGAGUAUUACAUGAAAGCGUGUCGGACUAUCGAAAAGACCGGAAGAUCCAGCGUCGACGAAUUUUUGCCAUUUCUGGUUCGGUGUAACCUGACAGAUAAAAACGUAAAAAAACAAAAAACCCUCUGAACAUAUCAAAGAUUGUUUGAUUUCAGGCCAUUCUCGCCUACUCAGAAGUCAGCGCCAAUCUUCUGAAGAUGGGAUUCGACAAAGAUCAGACGUUCGAAGCGGUUGUCGCCGAGCAGGGCGACCAGACAAGAGUGCUCAACAGGCUUCUUCCCAAUUCAUAG